UUGUUGAAAGAGGACUCUGCAGUUAAACGGAAAACCUUACAAUAUACAGGACUUCUUCAGCCUGUGUAGCAUGAGUCGUUAGGCUCAGUUGAUAAAGACAAGUGUAAACUUCUAUCUGGACUUCUGAGAUUCAGAAUUCUCAUUUUUUUCCCAUCACAGUGGACACAAAAGAGUCCUUCCGCCUGGAGCUUGUACAACUGCUGUCUGUCUCUGUUGUCAGACAUAACCGACAAGGGAUAUGAUCUUUGUCAUUCCCAGCGCAACCACAGCUCCUGCUCCCUUCAACACCAUGGCUCGUUCCAAGAGUUCCAAGUCAUCCGGGACCUGCUGUAACCUGGUGAUGGCACUGCUGACCUUGUGGUCCAUGGUCUCCCUCAUCGUUAUCGUGGUGUGGGCCACCUCUCCUCACAUGAAGGGCGUGGCCCAGUGCGACGUAGCCCAACAGUCCCUGACGGAGAAGAUGGAGGGGGCAAAGGUUGUGUGGGAGAAGGAAAAGCAGGCCUUGCUGGAGUCUAUAAGGCUGAGCCAGGAGAACCAGACCACACUGCAGCAGGAGAUGGAGGUUGUCGCUGAGACACUGAGAGAGAAUAACGUGUCCCUGAGCCUCAGCCUGCAGGAGAAUGCGAUGCUGCAUGCGAAUGAAACAGCACGAAGGAAGGCUAUUUUCCUGCACAGAGACACACAGAGAAAUAUGUCCCUAGAUCUGAGUCUACAGAGAGACCAUUUUGAGUGGUUACAAUUCAACUUCACCCAAGCUGUCCACCAGUCCCACUCCUGCUCUGCUUCAUGUGAUGCUUCAAAUAGCCAGGCGGUGGCAGCAACAAGUCAAAUGAAAGCCUGCGAGUCCAGCAAACACUAUAUGAUGACACAAAUGGAAAGAAAAGGUUGCAAGAUCAAUGGAUUGUCAUCCAGAGCUUUUUGACUGUGAGGAGAGAACAAGGAUGGCCUCAUUGUUAAUCUGAAGGGUUUAUUAAUUAAUGUGAUUAACACAUACUUGUUUCACCGUGCUCUGUGUUGUACUGUUAUAUAUGAUAUUUUUCUGUAGGGUUGGAAACAUGUUGCACUGCUUUGCCAUGUGUCUGUGUUGUUAUUCCUCUGUGAAUAAAACACUCCUGGGGGUAGAUCAGCUUUAAUAUUACAGAUAGAUGGUGGGUUCUAUCAAUGUCAUUGUCUGUAUCAUUCCUAAUCCCCCGUGUAUUUUUCACAAUACAGUAUUACACUCAUCACAUGAUUGUGAUGGAAUAACAUGUAACAUUUUCCAGCCAUGACCAGAACCCUAUGUGGGGCGGCAGGUAGCCUAAUGGUUAGAGCAGUCCCACUACAUUUUGUCAACACUGGCAAACGUCCAUCUCUGGAAUCCCAUUUCCCGACUACCUGAACAACGCCUUGGACACUCACUUAUGGUCCACGUCAGGCAAAAUGCGUUGCCAUCCCUUGGCAAGGCAUACAUCUCUCACUGAAAUCAUAACACAACAACAUUUCCCAAAUGAGAAAUAAUGUAUUGAUGAUACGUUCCCCAAAGAACAGGUCAUCAUAUCACAUGAGAUAUGCCGUGUAACGUUAGGCCUGUAUAUCAUUUAAAAUGCAAGUCAUCACUAUAAAUACUUCAAAUACAGGCUGAAAAGUAGAACUAUUAACUUAAUUAGAUCAAUAGAUUAAACACCAUCAAAAGACGAUCCUUUGUUUUACUUACCUAUUAUCUCUAUCAACUAAGCGUCAUCAUUAAUGAAAAUAAUAACUCCAGAUUAAUAUGAAAAUAGUGAGGUUAACAGACUAUUUUGAUGGUCUGAGUCAUCGGACGUUAAACUAGCUAAAGUUACGUUACUUCGUUAACCUGUGUCAGUGUCAAAACACCAGUUUACUAACGCGUUAGCGUUACCGUAGCUACACUGUAAACCUUGUUAACCGAACCGUGCUAACAUAUUAACGUUACUGUAGCCUAAUACGGUGAUCUUACCUGCUAGAUAUUCCGAUCGAUGAUGAUGAUCAAUGAAAACUCAAACAA